CAAAGAAACCCAGAAACCCAUCAAUAAUUCGAAAUCCAAACUGGGGAAAAGGGAAAAUCAUGAAAAACAGCUCCACGCACAUCUCCGGCGACCUCUGUGGCGGUGAGCUUCGGUGUGUGGUGUGGUGGAGGUUUGGGCAAGCAAAGGACGGCACGGCGAGAACUUUUUCUGCUCUGGCGAUCUGUGUGGCGGUGGUGGAGGUUCGGCGUGAAGGAAGCACUGGUUUUCUUUCUUCGUUCUCUGCUUGGAGGCCGUUUGGAGAGGCUGAGAGUCCACGUGGCAGGAGUUUAUUGGCUGGCGUAAAACACUGAAGUGAUAGAACGUUUUCUCUUGUAAAAUAUAUAUAGAGCGGAAAUAGAAAUAGAAGCAGAAACCAGCUAAGAGCCCAGCAGCUUGAUGAACGAGUGAGAAAAAUGGAGCUGUCGUCUGAGUGGAAAUCUCUCUUCCCAAUAUCAUCAGUUUUCAAACCUCCACUUCUCCUCACAGAUUCAGACUCAGACUCAAAACCCAUAUUGGGUCCACUCUUCUUCAACCCUAAACCCAAAACCCUUUCUCUUCUCUUCACCUCUCCAUCUCUCCCAAACCUAAACCACGCCGCACCACCUUUCCUCCAAACCCAAACCCAAACCCACAACCUCCUCUCCUUCCUUCGCCUCCCUCUUUCCAACUCCCUCCUUCUCUUCUUCCCCACCGGUCCCAACUCCGACCGACUCGGCUUCUUGCUUCUCUCUAUCAAAGCUUCCCGUUUCCACACCUGGGGCGCCAAAGACGAUGACGUUUUACACGAAAGUACCGGGUUCCAGUACCGCAUUCUCAGGAUUGCGGUUAACCCCAACCCCAACCCCUUUCCAGGUAAUAAUCAUAAUCAUUCCACUGUUGUUGGGUAUUUGCUGGCUUCUACAUUGUGCUCUGUGCAUUGGUUUGUUGUUCAGGAAAUUCAUAAUUCUGGUAAAUUUCCCAGAGUUUCUUGUUUAGGUUCUAAGGUUUUUAAGACUAGUUCUGUUGUGUAUGCUUGUUGGAGUCCACAUAUACCCGAGGAGAGUGUAGUUUUGUUAGAAAGUGGUGCUUUGUUCUUGUUUGAUUUGGAGUCUUGUUUUAGAAGAAGUAGGACUUCCAAUUCCAAUGCGCGUUUUAGAGGGACUAAGUUGCCUAUAUCGUGGGAUGCUGAUGCUGAUGCUGAUUCCGGGAACUGUAAAUGGUUGAGCUGUGAAUUCAGUUGGCAUCCUAGGAUUUUGAUUGUUGCCCGGUCUGAUGCUGUUUUCUUGGUCGAUUUGAGGUUUGAUGGGUGUGCUGUGAGUUGUUUAGCUAAGGUUGAGAUGCUGAGGAUGUAUACUUCGGUUCAAAAUGAACGGUUUCUUACGUUUACAAUGGCGGGAUCUGAUGGUUUCUGUUUUGCAUUGGCCUCGGAUAGUUUGUUAGUUCUUUGUGAUGUGCGGAAACCAAUGAUGCCGUUGUUGCAAUGGGCUCACGGUCUUGAUAAUCCGUGCCAUGUUAAUGUAUUUAGAUUAUCGGAAUUGAGAUCAAACUCAAGGGAUGAUAAAUAUAGCUGGGCUUCUAAAUCAGGUUUUUGUAUAAUAUUGGGAUCUUUUCGGAAUUGUGAGUUUAAUCUAUUUUGUUAUGGACCUACUAUACCAACCCCGAGAGGAUCCAUUGUUUCUGAAGUUUCGAAAGUUUUGAAAACCCAUUAUGCAUGGGAGCUUCCUUCAGAUCUCUUAUUGUCGGGUCAUGAGUGUCAAUGUGGAAGUUGUCUUGUGAGAGAGGAGAAUUUGAAGGAUGAUCUUCCUGAAUGGAUUGAUUGGCAGCAUAAGAAGGAAUUGGCUUUGGGUUUUGUCAUUUUAAACAAAGGUCUAUCAGCAAUGCUUUCUGAGUCGAAUGAAUUUGGUGGUUUUACAUUGAUAAGACUUAUGUCAUCAGGGAAGCUUGAAUCACAAAGCUAUUGUGCCUCGUGGAAGUUGAAAGAACUUCACACAGAACGGUUCCAUUUUAAAAAUAAUUCCCUGUAUAUUAUGGAUGAUGAGGAGUACAAAUUUCCUAGAAGAUUUAAGUACGUGAAACUUGAUAAACUCUCUGCAUAUUUGAAUGGUAGUCUAACUGAAGUCCUGGUUUCAAAAUUGAAAAAGCCUUGCAAGGGUCCUCGAGAAAAGGAAUCUUUUAGCUCAGAAUCUCAUGAAAUCUUGUGUGAGAAGUUGAAGGCUUGUGGGUUUGGUCGAUUGAGGUCGCCUCCUGCAGUUUCUGUUGUUUUUAAUGACAUCAGCUCGCCAGCAAGCAUACAUGAGGUUGCUUUGAGAAGGUUGUGGGCAGGCCUGCCAAUGGAACUCUUACAACUGGCCUAUUCCAACUACUCAGAGUUCCUUGAGGUACUUUUGGACCAGAAAAAAGUAUCUUUGGAAUUUCUAGUUGUCCCUGACCUACCUCAAUUGUCUCCUUUCUUCCUAAGAAGGCCUUCAUGCCGUAGCAAUAAGUGGUCACACAAAGUGCAGCGAGAUGAUGCUCUAGUGGGUCCAGUACUUCCUCUUCCUAUUUUACUUACACUUCAUGAGUAUCGUAAUGGCCACUCAGAAUCAGAAGAAGUAGGUGUAUUUUCAUUAGAGAAGGAAAUUAGCCUGCAAUGUGAUGAAAUCAAGCAGGUGGCCAGUGAAAUGGCCUUGUCAGAUUCUAGUUGUGAGCUUCAUAGUGACCAAGCUGUCUCCCUUGCUGAUGAAAGAGAAGAUAUGUGGGACAGUUCUCAAAAACCAAAACCUUUCUGUUUAUACCAUCCAGUUGCAUUUAAGUGCUCUACCAUGGAUCGCGUACAGGACAAUGUCUUUAAGGAUGAAAAAUUUGAUAACCUGAUUUUUAAAGUGCCUGAGAAGAAGCAUGUUCCUAAUGGCUUGGUGGAAACUGUUGGACCAGAACUGUUUGAUGAUCUCUGCCCUGCUGAUUUGAGAUUUGAUACUUCUGCCAAGAACUUCGGGCCAAAUGAAUUAAAGAUAUACAAAGUUUUGAAGAAGAAAUGGUCUAAAUGGCAAGACGGAUUUAAUUUAUAUCAGCAAUUUUGCACAGAGUCUAAAUUCCAAAAGCAAUCGGCAUGACAAUUAGAUUUUCUCCCCAAAUUUUGUAAACAUUCCCCUCCCAAGUUUUUUUCUCCCAUCUCUUCUUCUUCUUUUCUUUAUUUUUUUUUUUCCCUCCUUUUAGUUUUAUUUAGGAAGAAUGAGGAAAAGAUUAUAUGUGAUCUGAAGAAACUUCAGAAACUGCUUUUGUACAGAAUACAUCAAGAAAGAUUUUUUAGUUUUCUGAGAAUCGGAAGAUGAUUUUAGUGAUAUGAUGGCAGCUCUGAAAUUUUUUUCAUUGUUAUGAUUCUGUAAGUUCCUACCUUUUUAUGUAAAAAUAUGCCAGGCCAUGUCAGUUGGUGUACAGGAUAUCUUUUCUCUCUUUCCUAUGAUAUUUUAAAGGUCUGGAGCUAAUUUGCUUCAGUGAGCUGUAUUGACUCACUUGUGUUCUGUUUUAUUCUAUUUCUUAGUGAAUUAAAUGAACACCAGCAUGCUAUACUUGAAGAAUUAGCGGAGGAGGAAAUAAAUUCCUCAAACGGUAACUCAGCUGAAGGAAAUUGAUGAGACUUUUUUUUUGGUUGUUGUUGUUGUAUGUCCUCAUAGUGUGUAUAAGAUGCUUAUCAUUCAUUUGAACUUGGAUACCUGUCAUGACUAUAUGAAUGGUGUAAGUUUCCACUAUAAACUAAGUCUAGGCAUAAUGUAAUUGUGUGCAUAAACCACUGUUGUAGCUUUCUUACAUUGCAUACUGCAUAUCUUAUACUGCUUUAUGUGAGAGCAGAUGAGAAGCUUAAACCA